AUGGUGGCCGCAGGCGGCCGGAAGCCCGGGGAGGGAGGCUCAGGGGAGGCCGGGCUCCAGAGGCGGCAGGGUCACCGCCUUUAUAGGGCUGGAGGAUUGCACAACCACACACACCGAAGUGAAGGGCGGCGUCCAACGCCAUGGGGAGAUUCUAAUAAACAACCCUUCUCGUCAAGCUCUGAGUCGUCGGGGAGUCACGUGGACGCGCGUCUCCCUCCAGCUGCAGCUGGAUCUGGAGCUCGGCCUGCAGGCCUGGAGGCGGCUCCUCCUGCCUGCUCUGCUCUGGGUCCCCGUGGAGCCGCUCAGAGGGAGUUUCUGGGACAGGAGUACACGCUGGAACCCCUCCCGCCAGAGGCUCGGGGAGCCGGAGAGGUGGCCCCGGGGGCACUGAGCCAGGGGGCCGCCCGGGUGGCAGCCCGUGUCAGGCCUUUAGCUGAGCUGCGCUCUCCACGCGCGGAGCUCACGUGGUGGUCGGGGGUGGCACGUGCCCUGGAAUUCCGCGCACUUGCCCCUGUUCUCUCCCUGGCGCCUGACCUUGGCCGCAGCCGGCUAGGUCCCGUCCUUGUCUGCCAGUCUCCAGGGCACGUCCGCCUCGCGGGCCGCGUGGCCGGCCGCUUCCCGGAGGCAGGAGUUGUUUGCGUCAGGCGUUGA